UCCAAAUUUGACUUUAAUUUGUUGUUACUUGGUAGAUCUAGAUCUAGGUCUAAGCCCGAAUCGCUUUUAAAUGUAGAUUUAUUGCCUAAUUAAUAAUUGUAUGUAAUUAAGUAUUCCACUUAAUCUACUAAUCUAGACCAGAGAGCUAGAUUUACAAAGUACAGUUACUUUUUAAGUUGCAAGACUUGUUUUUAGUUUUUGUAAGUGUCAGUCAGUACUCACCCUAGUUUGGAGAACCAUGGGUGAAGAGCUGAUUUCCCUGAGGCUCAAGUGUCUGGAACUGUAUGAGGUGAACCUACACAGGUCUAUAACUUCAUACACCGCAAAGGUAAUACAAGAAGGAAAAAUUUUACUAGAACAAAAAUGUAAAGAUGAUAAAAAGCUUAAACUCUUUGAUGCUGAAAUAGAAGAUACUAUCAGAGUCGUCAAGGACAAAGUUAAGGAAUUUUCAGAGCUGAUGAAACCCCAUACAAAACAAGCUCUUUUGCCUGCAAGGGAUUAUGGGGGUUUAGAUAGCCAGAUACAAGUGAUAUCUACAAGCCAAACCAAACUAGAAUUGAAGGUUAAAGAAUUGACUUCAAGGUUAAAUACUUUGGAGAAAAAUAAUUCUGAUAAAAUCAUAACUAAUGGAUUGUCCAAGAUGGAUACCAAAGUCUGUGAUUUAGAAAAGCAAGUUAAAAAUGUUGAAUUAGAUUUGUCUGAGCUAAAGUUGAAUUUAUAUGCAGGAAAUGUUUUCCAAAAUUUUCAAGACUGCGCUCCUGUAGAGAUACAAGAUACAAACAGCUGGAGUAGUCGAAGGGAUUCUCAAGCUGAUGAUAUGGUCAGCAACACAGAUUUAGAUCAAAAGUAUCUAGAGGAGUUGAUUCAGCCAGACAGCCAUAUUGAUUUCCUAUCCUUAGACUUUAAUUCUGAAGAAGUUGAAGUUUGUACUGACAAUGACUUAGGGGCGAAGAAGAAGUUUGACCAGUGUUUGAAGAACCCGGGACACGCUAAUUUUAUUCCCAUCAAACAGCUGACACUGAAACACCUGCCUAAAAACCAGAAACGUUCAAUGGUCCAGUUUAUCAAAGCUGUCUCAGACAUUACUGUCAGGGUAGCUGUAGGUUUGCAUGAUAGAAAACUGGUAUUUGGCGACAAGGCAGAGUUCUUACCCCUAACAAGAGGAGAUAAUACUGUCAGAUAUGGAACUGGUUUUAUAAAAAGUGUAAAAGAGUGCAAAGGUUCCUGCCCUUGUAAUAGCUGCAAAACGUCUUCAUAUCCUUAUAAGAAUUGGGUUGAGGUCAUUGUUAAGACUGGGAAAAUGCUGGUGAUGGAUCAAGCUGAUGCUUUGGACACUGUGUGCUGGUGGGGAUAUGAUGAAGAAAAAAGCCCAGUUGUUUCCCUUGAAGGGAUGGGGAUAAGUAUUACAAAAGCUAAAAAGAAAAAGGAAAAGUUAGCCAAGGAUCACGGGUUAGGCGCUGAUCUAUAUUCUGAUGUAGUUUGUCUAACCCAUGACCUGGAGUUUGGUUUAAAGUUAAAAGAAGCAGAAAAGCAUGUACAAGCCAUGCGGAAAAAGAAUUUUUUUAGGUUUAAGCAAUUGUCAACGCAAGACAAAAUUGUUUUCAUUGUCUCUCAUCCGCAUGGAUACUGUAAACACGUAUCCGUGGGCGAAUGGGUGGAAAAACAAGAUUCGGUCGAUGAAGGGGUCAGAUUUAUCUACACUGCUGACACCUGCCCGGGGUCCCUGGGGGCACUAGUGUGCAUCCCUGAUAUGACUGAUGGUAUAUCUAGCCCAUAUUUAUACUACCAUCAUCAGGGGUGUAAUGAGAUUGGUGGUUUCAACAUAGCAGUUCAUAGAAAAGUUAAAAAACUGAGCUAAACUGUUAGUAAAUGAAUUCAUUACUAAAAAAAAAAGUCCCUUUUCUAAAUUUUGUGAUGAAAUUAUUUUCUCUGUUAAAAUUGGUUGGUUUUUUUUAUCCUCAAUUUACUUUAUAAUGCUGUUUUCAUGUAUAAUAAAAAAAAUGUUACAUUUUUUCUUAACCAAAUGUUUUUUUUAAUGGCUAAAUGUAUUAGGAAUGUUUUUUACGACUUGUUCAAAAUUGUUACUUUAAAGUUCAUUUAAAAUAAAUUAUUAAAGUUUAUUUGCCAAUCUCUGGUGUAGAUAGCUUGCCAAUCAGUCUUAGUCUAAACAUCUGGUUGCAGUUGAUUAUGUUGAUGUAGUAAACAUUAUUCU